AACUAAAAUAUGGUAUUUUGAUACUUGUCAUAUUACAGACAGAUUGUUAAUAGAACUUUUCAAAGAAGCUGACUAAAGUGAUAUGGCGCUACUUUCAAAUACCUUGUAUUUGCCGAUAUUUUUAUUUUUAUUUUAAAUGAAGACCGCGCUUUCCAGUCCUGAAUAAGAACAAUGAUGUAUUAUCUGGCUAAUUCGGAAGAAAAUGUAAUGUUUACGUAUGGAAUUUCCUUCCUUCAAAUCUACUGUUGUUGACACGUGCUUUUCUCUGUGGAUCAAAGGAAAACUUCCCAUGUUAUUUCCACGUGAGAAAUCAAUUCCAAAUGUUGAUUUAUCUAAGUCUGCUAUGAUGGAAAGUUUGGAGGAUACCAAAGCAAAACAUGAAGUUCUUGAAGAAGUGGUGGCUUAUGUGGAAGUGAGGUCCAAAAAUGAGAAUCGCAGUAGAGAAGUCGCCAUAGAACUGGAGAAACUAGGUGCCCGCAUUUCACCUAAGCUAAAUAAAGAAGUCACCCAUGUUAUAUUCAAAGAUGGAACCAAACGAACAUGGGACCGUGCCAAGAAGCUUGGUAUCCCACUGGUGUCGGUUUUGUGGGUGGAUAGUUGCAAAAGAAGCCUACAGCAUGCAGAUGAAGAGACAUUCCUUGUCAGCACACCACGUAAUAUAUUGGAAGCAGAAAUUGUUAGUAUAUUUCCCAAGAAACAACCAAGAAGUUUCGAUCCAUGCAGCCCAAGAACUUGAAUGAGGAGUUUGAAGACAGUUCCCAGCGAUGCCGUCGUCGAAGGAAGCGUUCUCAUAAAACAAAUGAGCAACAAAAUUCUAGUCUGAGUGAUGUUUAUUUCACGCCUGUCUCAGAUUUCAAACAAAAUGUACCCCGUUUAACUACACCCCCGAGCAUGAAGGAAAGACUCCUUGAAUACAACCGAAGCCAAGAUGACACCCCUAUUUGCCAUCGUUCUUUCCAGAAACUGGUCUUCAAUGAUGGUUCUGAUGUAGAGAACAGCAGCCCUUCUGAAGACAAAGAAAUGUUGAAGACUGAGUGUUUUAAGCUACAUAAUUCUGAUGGCUCCACUCAACAGGACAGUUUAGCUUCAGCAUCUUAUCUCUCUAUCAGUAAUCAAAUGUCUUUUGUUCCCACCAAGUCAUCCAAUCUUAUUUGUCUGCCAAAUCAACUCGACGUUUUAAAUGGCACGAAACAGAAUCCUAAAGCAGUAAGUGAAGUCGAUCAACUGGAUCAAAAUGCCAAAGUAAAUGUCAGUCCAGGUUCACCAAUGAAGUCAUCGAUUUCCUGUUCCAUUAUGUCUUCAUCAUUAGAUGUGAAAUCUGCUGAAAAUUCCUCUCCAGAUAUUAGUGAUGUUCCUGAGGAUGGUACUGUGAAUGUGGGCAGUACUGUCUUCAAGGAAGCCGAUAUUUUCAGUAACAGUCCUAUUGAAAAUCUGACUAGUCCAUUACUAUCAAGUGACUGUGACACAAGUUUGACUAGCUACAAAAGAUCUCAGAGGAUUUCUAGACGGAAAUUUGCUCACAGAGAGACAAUGCAUAUACUUGGUAUUAGUGAUGAAGAGCAUGCCUCAUCUAAAACAACUAGUUUAUCAAAUGCUAACAUUCCAUCUUAUAGAACUGAUGAUGUAGGUACUAACAUAUCUAGUUUCACUGUAAAGCAGGAGGAAGUAUUGGUAAAUGGAAACACAGAAAGCUCAAACAACCUAUCUUCCUUGUUGUCAUGGAAGAGUGCGGGAAGUUUUGAUGAUUCUCAAGAGAGUAAAGCUUGGGAGAUGGAGUCACAACAGAAGGAAAUUGAGAAAGAGAAACAAAUCAGAGAGUUGCAACAGACAUCUACCUCUUGCUUGGACCAGUCAGAGACUAUUAUCUCAGAUGACCAAACUCUUGGGCCCAGAGUCAAGCGAAGGAAACUUGACUUCCCUAUUACUGUGUCUCUGAUUACAAGGAACCUUCGACCUGUCAAGAAAUAUUUGGUGAUGACCAGUUUGUCUACCUCAGAUCAAGAAAUGGUGAAAUCUGUAGCCAAAACCCUGGGUGAAUGCGUAAUCAGUGACAAUGUGAAGAAGUCCACGACACAUGUAAUCUGUGGUAUGCCUAGGCGUACACUCAACGUGCUCUUUGCUCUUUCUCAGGGAUGCUGGCUUGUCAGUAAAGAAUGGGUGUCAGCAUCAAUGGAGGCUGGCUGUUGGUUGGAUGAAAAUAAAUUUGAGUUGGUUGCUAGCUAUCCUGUGGCCCAGUUAUAUCGUGAACAGAAGCAGCUCAACUCUGGCCCUAAAGUGUUCGAUAAGUGUGGGAGUAUCUAUGUCUCUGCUGUUAAGGCUCCACCAAAGAAGGAUCUGAUUCAGUUAUUGCAGCUGUGUGGAGGAAAAGUGAAGAACACCAUAUGUAAUGCUAGUAUCUAUAUUGGUGAGGAGUAUCAUCCAUCCAUGAUUAGUGUUACUCCUCUUUGGAUAUUUGAUUCCAUCAGUUCAGGAACAGCUUUGCCUUUCGAUGACUACAUGCUUGGCCAACCAAAACCACCAAGUCCAGAAUAUUAGAUGCCAGAAUCAGAUUAAUGCCACAGUUCAGUGGUAUAUUUUUAACCACAGUAGCAGUAUUUGUGUGUGGAACUGAAAAAAGAAAACCCCUCUAUUUGUUGAGUUCUAUCAACAGUUUUAGACGAUUUUGCUAAAGUGUAACACAGGCUGUUUAAAAAUGCAUACAGACUUUACAGUAUUUAUAUAAGUAGUGUGUAGAGAGAAUUUUUAAAGACUCUCCUUAUAGAUCACCUUAUUUUAAACAUAAAUGACUUUGUGUGAUAA